GCUGCUGUGUUCCGCUUCCCGCGCCACCCAAGAUGGCGUUCAACCUCCUUUCUGAGAUCCAUAGUGAUAGCAACCAGUGGACAAUCCGUGUUCUUGUUUCUCGCAUGUGGCAUUAUCGUGGAGGGACUGAUGUAGGUGCUAUUCAGCACACUGAUCUGGUUCUGCUUGACAUAGAGGGAAACCAUAUGUACGGCCAGCUCCCUCCAGCCACGUCGGAACGGCUAAAGGAUGUGCUGGAGGAAGGAAAGGUCUUUGUUAUAAGGAAAUUCAUGUGUGCUCAGCCAAAGACGGCCUUCAGGCCCGUCGAGAGCCCAUUUAUGGUUCAGUUCACAAGGUAUACCACAGUUGAAGAGGUGCCGGGCUUGGCAGAUACCUACCCAUUCUGCACAUACACCAUAACUGCGUUUUCGGAUAUCCCAGAUCCAAUUGGCCGUCCUGCGCGCUUCAUUGAUGUCAUUGGAAAGAUCGACAUGGUUUCUGACAUAGUCCCUAUUCAGUCGAUGUACCAAACAACUGCUUCUAACACCAGGACUAUUAUAUUGAAGGACAUCAUGGGCAAGGAGCUUAGGCUUGUUCUCUGGGGUGAUCGUGGGCUCGAGUUUGAUGCGGAAGCAGUUCGUGCCAUGGGUGAGAAAGAGCCUGUCAUUGCUAUCUUUGUGGGAACACUAUCAAAGACUUCUCAUGGUGUCAAAAGCUUAAGCGGUGGUUCUGCCUGUCACUGGUACAUUGAUGAGGACAUACCUGAUAUUAAUAUGUUCCAUGAAAGGCUUGGACUGCAGUUUGUUCCUUUGGCUGCCUAUGUUCCUAUAGGGCCAGGUGCCAUCAUACCUCGUGUGUUCGAGGCUCCUAUUGAGAAGACCACAGAAGCGCUAAACGAUGCUGAUCCAUUCGUUGAUAUGGAGAAAAAAUUCAUCUGCAUUGUCACUGUUGAUAGGCUUGGUCCUGACCAGCGUUGGUGGUUUGCUUCGUGUUCCGUCUGCCGUAAAUCUGCUAGGCAUGACGGAUAUCAGUUCCAGUGCUCUGGCAAAGACUGCACUUCUGUUGAUGCUGGCUUAGCGUACUGUAUAUCUUUCUUUGCGGCUGAUGCCACAGGUGAAACUGAGUUUGUGAUGUUUGAGAAGGUUGCGGCAGGAGCGGUUGGCAAGCAGCUACUACCCUUGAUGCGGCAGAGAUACCCAGGCCAUACCACAGUUGGUCAGCUAGCACAAGUUGCUAUGCGCGAUACAACAAUAUUAGAACUGCCGGUGGGCUCCCGCAUCCACAACGUCUUCCAUGUGAGCUUGUUGAAGGCCCACAAGGGAGAUCCUCCGGCCGAGGCGCCGACACUUCAUCCUCAUGAUGAUGGUCGCGUGCUCCCGGGUCCUGAGAGGGUGUUGAAGGCGCAACAGCGUCGGGGCGCUUGGCAUGUACUGGUGCAGUGGCUUGGACUGCCCACGGAGGAUGCUACAUGGGAGAAGCUCGAUGAGUUCCAGCAGCACUUUCCUGAUGUUCAGCUCGAGGACGAGCUGAGAAGUGCUGGUUAA